AUGGCCCAUGUGGACUUUGAGGCUUUAAGAGGCACUCAAACGGUCUACAAGCCGGGAAAGAACAACUCCGAGUUCUUCAAAAGUUCGAGACAGGCUCAACUUGAUAGGAACUGGGAAAACCUAAAUGUCAAGAUUGACAAAAGAGAAGUGAUCUACACCACGAAUCAAUAUACCGUGGCUGCGAUCAUCACCAAACAUUUUAUCACUCAAGCGAUGAGAGAUAAGUUAAGCAAUGAAACUGAUUGGUUGGACCUCAAGGAAGACCAUGUGAUGCUUCUGAAGCAUAUCAAGACGUUCAUGACCAUCACAGACGAGACCGAGUGGCAACACUUUGGACUCAUGGAAUCUCUCAAGAGAUUCACAAACUGCACUCAAAAGCAAAAUGAGUCUGUGAACGAUUACAGAAGGCGGUUCGAAGCUCAAGCUGACCAAGUAUUCGAAAUCCUUGGUACAGAUGUGUUGCAUGUCUAUGCGACCAAAACAAUGGGAUACCUCGAUCUGGAUGAUCCGGAGGCCGAUCCGGACGAUAUCAAGGCGCUCCAAGACAAGUUCAAGAAACAAAUUCUGGGCACAUUCAAAGCAAGUGCAUUUUUCUACAACUGCGAUAGGUCUCGCUUCCAAAGCAUGUUGGACAAGGCGAACCAGACCUACGCCAUGGAAUUCAAGGAAUACGAGCAAAGAAACGAAUAUCCGACUACGAUUGAUCAGGUCGCUAAAGCGCUGAUCAAACAUAAGCCGGACAAUAGAAAGAAAGGUCCGACGACACCGAGACCUACUCCAAGCGCACCCACUGCGAGCAGCAGUGCCCCGGACGGAGUGAGCAACGCACAGGCGGCUGCUCGAACGACAUCUUCACGACCGGCUUUUAGUUGCUGGUGUUGCGGAGAUACUGGCCAUGGAGUCACUUGUUGCCCUGAACGUUCCACAAGCCCACAAGCGGAAUGGAGGGACCCAGGACGAUACAGCGACGCAUCCACUACUACUACUACUACAAGACGAGCGGGGAGAGCCAAUCUCCAAGUCCCUUCUACUGCAUCUGCAGCGCAGUCGGAUGCCGCGUCUAGCGUCACUGGAACGCAAUCAACUGGUCAACAACAUCGAAGCAAUAUGCAACGAGCUGUUGUUGACAGGAGUGGACAUAGCACUUCUGGUACUACGGAUGUACCCGGUUCUUAUGUGGUACGAGGCAGGUCUAUCGCUGAUGGACAAUCUAAUGGUAGGAUUACAGGAUGGAACCUUGCACAAGUACGUGUAAGACCGAUUCUGAAGAAGAAAGCAGUCUCCACUGAAGACAGGGGAGAGUUGCUGAUGCAGAAAUGGCAAGCACAACUAGAUGCUGCCAGUACUUUCAAGGACGAUGACAGCAUGGUCAGCGAUGGAAGCUUGAACAUGCAGAUUUACAAGUCGACCUCGAAGAUGGAUUCAUUGAAGCACUGUUCUCAAUGGACCAAAGACAACAAGAAACCUUUCAAAUCUAAUGGAAGUAAGCACUGGGAUAUCGAUCUUGGUGUACAUCUUGAUUCUGGAUCUACGUUCAGCCUACGAAUGAACGAAGAUUACGCCAAACCGGGCACUGUGUCUGACCUGGAUUACAUGUUCAACUAUGGUACGAACACUGGCCAACGUGACCUGCAUCAACAGGUUGAAUCAAGUAUUAUCGAAGGACGCACUUGCUUGCUAGAUACUGAAGCGCAAUGUAACCUCGAUAAUUUAUCAGAGCUUGUGAAGCUUGGAUCUCGUGUCGUUAUGGACACUGACAUUGAAAACUCCUUCAUCGUUACGAAGGGGGAACAGAGAAUGAGGUAUGUGCAUCAAAACGGAUUGUAUACUUUUGUGCCCGAUGGUAGGGCAGAGAGUGAUGAAGGGUCCGAAUACUCUGAAUGUGAAUACAGAGAAUGCGGAAAUGGUGACUGUGACGCGAUUGGUGUCGCACACACCGAAUGCCAUAAAUGCGGUGUUAUUUUCUGUGGUAGAAUUUUAAAAAUUAGCUAUUCCGAUUCCCAUUAUUGUGGCAUACAGACGGUACGGGAGAAUAUCGAAGGGUUCACUGAUAAACAAGUUGAGCGGGCUAAUCGCACACGAUCAGUGUAUCAUAUGGCUGGUGCACCAGGAGUUCAAGCGUUUUGUAUUGCAGUAAGAUCUGGUCUGUUCAAGAACUGCAACGUGAAUGAAGAAGAUGCAAUCACUGCCGAAAAAAUAUAUGGACCUGGUUCUUCGGUCCUAAAAGGAAAGACGAAGCGUCCCACACCUGAAGGAGUGCGGGAUGACUGGAUAGAAAUACCGAAGGAGUUAUUAAUGCACAAUCUGAAUGUUGUGCUGCACAUUGAUCUUGUUUUUGUUAACAAUUCAUUCGGACUCACGACCAUUGAUGGGAGUGUGAGAUACCGGUGCUAUAUACCCUUGGCUUCACGAUCCAAAACGGCAUUGUAUGACGCAAUUGAUAAAUGCUUUCGAAUAUAUAAUGCACGUGAUUUCACAGUGGAAAAGAUUUACUGCGAUGGGGAGUUCCGUCCGGUAUUUGAACCCGUGAAAGACGAACUUGAAGUUCAUAUGAAUUACGCCAGCAGAGGCGAACAUGAUCCGAAAGCAGAACGAAAUAAUCAGCAUUUAAAGGCACUGUUUUGGGUUCACUUUCACCGAAUGCCAUUCAAGGUGAUUCCAAAGAAGUUGACUGUGGCACUUAUGGCACGAGUUGCUAAAAUAUCCAACUACUAUCCGGCGAAAGGUGGGUUGUCUGCAUACUACAGCCCGCAUAUGAUCAUGCAUCAACGAAUGGUUGAUGCCUCCAACAAAUUUGUCGCUGAGAUUGGUGCCUAUGUCCACGGAUAUGGUCAUGACACCAAGAAUAAUAUGGCUGCUCGAACGAUCGAAGGUGUUUACAUGGGACCCACCGGCGAUAUUCAAGAAGGGCACCGUAUCUAUGAUCUGAACACAAAGUGCAAAGCACGACGUGCAAAAAUCAAGGUUCUUCCAAUGACUGACCAAGUCAUCAAGAUUCUCGAAGAAGACACAAGAUUGGAAGGAGUGACGGAAUUGCGCACCUAUUCCAAGCAUAAUGGCGAGCUAAUCCUCAAUGGUGAUUUGCUCGACGGAGUGGACCCAGAUGAACUGUGGGAUGAAAACUACGUACCAGUAAACGAAAUCAAAAGACUGAGUGAUGUAACCCUCCUAAAUGAAAAUAUUCGAGAUGACGAACUUGAAGAAUUACUAAUGGAUGCUGAAGCAGACAUCAUGGAAGUGAGGUUCGACAGGGACAGAAACCCAAGAUACGAUAGCGAAGCAAAUCAAUAUGAAGAUGAGCUAGAGGACGAAAUGUUUGACAGAAUGUUCAAGAAGAUUAAGGCUAAACAAGAUGCUGACCAUGCAACAUGUCCAAUCCCUUUGAUUUCCAGGCCGCUAGCGAUUCCACAAAGCUUGAGUCCAAGAGGUGCUGGCUCAAGCUUUCCCACAAAAUCGUCCUUGUAA